UGCUCUCACAAAAGCAUAAUAAUAAUUGAACGAUCCACAAGUGGAAACAAAUUCUGUUUGAAACUUGCUCUGUCUGUAAAAAUGGCUCCGGUGGUAGAGAUUAUGAGUCCGUCACACUCUGGCUUAUCUCCUAACUCCUGUGCAUACAAAACAUCUGUGGGCAAGCAGAUGUAUGUUCAAAAUAGGAAUUAUUGGCCUAUCUUUAUUGGUCCACCAUCCUAUCACUUCCAAGUGGUAUUGUGCUUCAUUAACCUCCUUAUAGUCACUGGCAUCUUCAUCUUCGUUGGUGUAGUUUGCAAUUAAAAACCAUAUCUCUUAUGGAUGCUUUCAUGUAUGCUUCACUCUCACUUCUGCCUGCAUUCACUUGGAAGAUCUUAUCAGCAACUAUUGGUAAUAUUAUCCUCUGUGAAUCAUUCUUUGAUUGUUCAUUAAAUUGGUUGGAUCACAGAUUAAAGGGGCACGAAUCAUGAGAGCUUUAAAUGAUAUUAAUGGAUAUAUAUGGCUUGGAAAUAUGCAAGGCAUCCGAUCCAGGUGCAACAUAUACAAUACAUGGUUGGAUUUUGUAAAAUAAGGGGGUGUGUCCAAUUGGGAUUCUUAAUGAUUUUUUUGCAUUCAUGAAAUCUAGAUGUAUUCAUAUUUUAAAAAAUGCAUUAGAACCUUUGGUUAGUCAAUUAGGAUUUUAAAUCAUCUGAAAAAAAAUAUGGUGGUACUCAAUCAGGAUUUUAAAUUUGCUUAUUCAUAAUCUGGUGGUGUUCAAUUUAGAUUAUUUAAAAUCCAUUAAAAUUUUAUGGUAUUCAAAACUCAAUGGAUUUUUUUGGACUUUAUAAAAUGAUGUAUUUUUUGGGAUUGUUUCGUGUAAGUAAUGUUCUUAAAAAUCUCUCCAUAGUCCAUGAGAUUUUAAAGGACUAUGCUCAGAGGUGUCAAUUUUGAGUAAUAGGUCAGGUUCGAGUCGGGUUGUCUUACCCAAUUCUAUUUUUGGUCAACCUGAACCGAAAUGGGUUGAAAAUUUUAACUCGAACCCGACCUGUUCGGAACCCAAUCAACCCGGAAAUGACCCAAAAUUUAAUUAAUUUUAAUUAUUUUUAUUGUAUAAAAUUAUAUUUAUUACAAGAUAUUAUAAUAAUAUAAAUAAUAAUUUAAUGAGAAUAUUAGUGGAUAAAUUCUUUUUAAUGAUUUAUAAAUAUAGCACAAAUGUAUGUAAUUGUGUAAUGUAGAUUUAUAUACUAUGCAUUAUGUAUUAUAUAUAAAAAAAUUCGGAUCAGGUUUGGGUACACUGGGUCAACCCGAACCCGACCCGAGUUUUUCGGGUAAAAAAUUAGCUAAUUUGAACCUGGCCGGAAAUAUAGAAUUCCAACCCUAAUUCGUAUUUUUUUGAGUCGGGUUCGUGUCAGGUUUUGGGACUUGUCGGAUUUAGAAUUUGUCAAACUUUUAGCUUUGUGAUGAUUGUUAGUAUAAAUUAACUGUUGAUGGUGUAACACCCCACUUAGAUAUAGCAGAGGUUACAAAAACUAAACAAGUUUAUCUUUUUGUUAAGUUUGACUGGUCAAAAAAUAAUGCAAACUAUUAUUAUCUAAGAAGGGCUAGAGUCUGCAAAAUAUAUUUAUCAACAAAUCUAAAUAAAAUUGAAUAAAAUAUGUCCUCAAAUAUAUUUAAGCAAAUAUAUAAUUAAGUAGCACCCGUUAUAUCCCUGCUUUAUGCCUAGCUACGCAGGGAAACAAAGAAUUAAGAGUGAGUUAAAUGGCCGAUAUGAAUAUAAUAUACAAAAUUUAAUAAUAAAAAAUAAAUAUGUAAAUUAAUAUAAUUUAUCAAGUAUCAAGUAUUUUUGAACAAGUGACUAACAAGGAUCAAUAUAACAAUGAACAUGUGAUGUAUGUAAGGAAGCAAAAUUAAUCAAAUGAAUCAAAUCCAAGGCUGAAUCAAGGUAGGUACAAAUAAGACCUUUUAUACAAACCAAAACAAUUGUUGGCUGAUAAGUUAUAUCAAGCAAAGUAUAGUGCAAACAGUUACUUCGUUAGUUGGCCUAAUCCACAUAAAUGAUGUAUUAAAAUGUUCUAUACAUUCUCACAAAGAAACAAAAUUAUCAUCGUUAAUUCACGUUUUAUAUGCCGGAAAAGCACUCGCAUACUCACAACUUACUGUGGUCCUACUAAAUUUUUACUUGAUGAAUAAUGCUUAUGGGAGUUAUUUUAAUAAAUAAUUGUAUUCAAUUCGAAUUUUAAUGUAUUAAUAAUUAUUUAUGAAUUUUAGUGGAUCGUAUAUGAAUUAUAUGAUGAGUCUAGCAGAGUUGAGGUAAAAUAUCAUAGAAUUGAUGUAGGGUCCCUUGGAUUUAAGCAAAAUUUAUUAAAUCUCGUGGAUUAUGGAGAGAUUUCUAAAAACAUAAAAUAUACAAAACAAUCCCACAAAAUCCAUCAUUCUAAAAUGUCCAAAAAAUCCAUUAGCUCUUGAAUACCAUCAGAUUUUAAUGGAUUUUAAAUAUUCCCAGCUGGAUACCACUAGAUUUUUAAGCAUAAUUUAGAAUCUUGAUUGAAUACCAUCAGAUUUAUUGAAUAAUUUAAAAUCCUGUAGAAUAAUUUAAAAUCAUAUUGAAUAACCCAAGAUUCUCAUAAAUUUUUUAAAAUCCAAAUUGAAUACACUUGAAUUUCAUGAAUGAAAAAAAAUCCUUAGAAAUCCCAAUUAAAGUCAACCCCUCGUAUAUCCCGCUAAACAGACAGAAGCUUAAAAUUUUACAAGAAUGAUAUGGAAUUCGGUAUCAACGCAAAUACCAUAAAAUGAUAGUAAAAUGUGUGAAGUUUUGAAAUAGUUAAUAUAUCUUGUAGAAAGCACAAAAUUUGAAGAGGCCUACAAUUUAAGAAAAGUAACAGAAGGCAUAAAACAAUUCUGGUGUGCCCUGUAUGUAGAAUAUCACAUUGAUAGGGCCACUCUCUAGAUAAGUGUUUUUCGUCAUAUAUUACUUUUUACCAAAAAAUUAAGGAACCACACUUUUCAUUAUAUUACUUUUUAUUUAGCUGGAGAUACCUUUAUUUCACAUUUCUCGCAACUCUUAGACUUGUUUAAUUGGUGGGACCCAUUAUUUUGAAAUCCCCUUAUGCCUUUUCUACAAUUUUAAUAUAAAAAUAUUAUGUAGUAUUAUACUCUCGGCAUGAAUCUUAUCCAAAAAAGUUGAUACACACACACACAAGCACCAACCACGUGACUAAUUUUGUGCUUAUACACACACACAAACAUAUUCAUAUGCAGAGACAGAGAGAGAUAGAGAGGGGUAAAGAGGUUCCACCGCAAAUACAUAUUCUGGUCAUCUAUCUCAGGUCAAAUUUAGUCAAGUAAAGAAAACAGAAUCUAUGUCGAACAACCUUCUUGCCAGUGCCUCUUCGGGAGCUGAAAGAGAAGCAAAGAAUGCAGAGAUAAUGAAAUCCUAUGCAUGGAUUCAAACUGCUGACGGUUCCAUCCAAGAAGUGGAACGAGAGGUUGUAACGUUAUGGCCCACGAUUGAUCCUGAAAUGAAAAAAGGACUUGGAUCUUCACAGAACAGUCCUAUAAUACUACAUCCAAGAGUCGCACCUACUACUUUGAGUUUGGUGAUUGAUUACUGCAGAUUUCAUCUAGCACACAAGUCUUUUCAGGAACACGAGACUUUUGUUGAGAAGUUUCUCCAAAUGGAUGCUAGACGUCUUGCUGAUUUGCUUAAUGUUGCAGUUUACCUGCGUCUGGGACCACUGCUUAAUAGCACUAAAAAAGCUUUGGGCCAAAAGAUUGGUGAUAAAUCCAAAGAAGAGAUAUGGGAUAUGCUGCACCUAUAUGAUGAUCUUCCAGAGGAAGGGAAGAUGAAACUAAGUACGUACUCUGACGGUGAUUCACGAAGGAGGCUUUUGAAAAAAUGUUAUGCAAAACAUAAAAAGUCAAUUCAAGAGAAUUUAGAGAUUCUGAAGGACUUCGUGACCGGAGUGGAGCCUAUGCAACAUGAAGAUACACGUGAAGUUGAUGAUCUCGUAUCAUAUAUCAAUGGAGAUACCAAGGGGGUCAAAACUUCUAAAAAGAAAAAGAACCGUAAAAAGCGGAAGGAGCACAAGAUAACUUCUUCCAAUAGUACUUCUUCAGAAGCUUCCGCUUCUCAGGAAGUCAUCGAGAAGCAUGAUGAGGGAAUAAAUGCUUCUGAUUCUGCAAAUGAUUCGGUCGCUGAUAUGUUAGAUCCAUUGGGCACUCAAGACGAGAGCAUCAAUGUUGCUGAAGAUGCUUCUGAUGAUGAUUUGGUUCCUGCUCAUGAUGAAAAGACUGAUAGGGAAGUAUUUGAAUUCGCUUGGAUACUAAAUUUGGAUCCGGCUUCUAUUUCUUGAUUCACAAGAGCAGGCUUCUUCCGGAUACAGAUGAAAUUAUAUCAAAUGAUAAGGAGAUCAGAAGUAAUCUGCAUUUGUCAUGAACACCUGGAAAGGGCUUUGAUGUAUUGAGUAAACGCGUUAGAAUGUGGAAUUAGUAUCUUAGGUUGGGAAUAGCAUAUGGCUAAUGAUUUUUGACUUUAAGAUGCUGGGGAUUGGUUAUCAUAUAGUCGUAUAGUUUCUUGUUUCCAUGUGCCAAGUUAUAUUUGCCUAUGUCUGGAUUAUGAAGGUUACCAUUACCGUCCAAAUGAUUAACGAAUUCAUUUUGCUCAAACCCGGAUGUACCUGUAGGGUAAUGUAAACGAGUAGCUUUUUAAAUAUAACUCAUAUUUAUUUUA